AUCAGUCUGUAUAUGAGAGAAGGAAUCAAAGAAGGAUAAGGUGUCGGAAGUGGGAGGAAGGAAGAAGGAAAAAGGAAAAUGGCCAUGGCAACUACGACGGCGACUACCAUAUUACAGUUACCCGGCGUUACUCAUAAUCGCUCUGCAUUUUUGGGCAGUGGGGUUCCCCAAUUGUCGGUGAAAGUGGGGCGCCCAUCGCCGUCUCUCCUCCUCACUAUACAAGCUAAAGCUCACACCAGAGGAGAAGACCGACAUGCCCGACAUUCUCGAAUCAGGAAGAAGGUUGAAGGGACACCAGAGAGGCCAAGGCUGUGUAUUUUCCGCUCUAACAAGCAUCUCUAUGUACAAGUGAUUGAUGAUACCAAGAUGCACACACUCGCUUCAGCUUCAACAAUGCAGAAACCUAUGUCUGAUGAGUUCAACUACACUUCUGGUCCCACCAUUGAAGUAGCAAAGAGGAUUGGUGAAAUCAUUGCAAAGUCCUGCCUGGAAAAAGGGAUCACAAAGGUGGCAUUUGACCGAGGUGGAUAUCCGUACCAUGGACGUGUAGAAGCCGUUGCUGCCUCUGCCCGUGAACACGGCCUUCAAUUCUGAGAUUUUAUUAGUAGUUAUUAAUGUUGUCUUUUUAAUGCUUUGUUCCUUUUCUUGACAGAAGAAUCUGAAAAAUGAAUCAAUCUCCUGAGAAGACAUGUUAUUUUCAUUUUUACUUUUUAUCUUACCAUCAUUUUUUUUUUAUUUUUUGAACAUGGGAGAAUUAUGGGGGAGGAUAAAUUUUUUUUAAGUAG